CCUCAUCAUCUCAUCAUUUCCCACAUAAUUUAAUACACCAUUACAAUUUCAUUUCAUCAUGACCACUUUAUCUGCUUCCCUCGUUACAUUAUUUUUACUAUCCAUCAUCACAAUCUCCCAUGCAACCACCAUCACCGUAGUCAACAACUGUGACUACACCGUGUGGGCUGCCGCCGAUCCAGGAGGUGGUAAGCGACUCGAUAAAGGAAACACCUGGAACGUAAACCCAGCACCCGGGACCAAAAUGGCACGUAUUUGGGGCCGAACUGGGUGCAACUUUGAUGGCAAUGGCAACGGCAAUUGCCAGACCGGAGGGUGUGGUAAACUAGUGUGUAACCCGGGCAAUUGGGGUACAAUCCCAAAGACUCUAUUCGAGUAUGCUCUAGCACAACCCAAUAAUCCAACCGACACCAUUGAUAUCUCCCUUAUUGAAGGCUUCAAUAUCCCUAUCUCCUUCAGCCCCACUUCCAACUCCGGUUCACUCAGUGGGAAGUGUCGUACACUUAGGUGCACGGCUGAUAUUAACGGGCAGUGCCCGCGAAACUGGAAGGUUCCUGGUGGGUGUCACAACCCUUGCACGACCCAAGGUAUCGGAACGUGUGGUGCUAAUGGUGACUCUAAGUUCUACAAGCAAAGGUGCCCUGAUGCUUAUAGUUUCCCUAAGGAUGAUCAAAGUAGCACUUUUGCUUGUCCAUCUGGUACUAAUUACAGGCUCACUUUCUGUCCUUGAACAUUCCAUCAACUAUGGUCUGUCUUAUAAAAUGCAAGAUUUUCGCUUUUAAUAUUACUUGUGUUAUAUUAAAGUUAUAGGUUGAUGGAAAUUCAACUACAUGUGCAAUAAGCUAGAGCUAUUUGCAAGUUGCUCUUCUAUGUUCAGCUCUAGCAUUCUGUAAUUUUAGCUGGAAAUAAUCAAUGGUCAUAGUAAUACGAAGAAAUAAUAAUGCAAUGUUGUGUUGUUUGUUUAUCCUUGUUCGUCUAUUCUAUACUUUGUCUAUUGAGUUUUAAGUGCGACAAUAUGUUGUUUAUGGCCACUAUUUCUUUAUUAAUAAAAAUAUUUAAGGUUGUUGGAUUGUU